AGCAAAGAUGGUGGCAUCAAAAAUCCCUGUUCUCAAGCUCAACAAUGGGAAGGAGAUGCCUAUACUGGGACUUGGAACUUGGAAGUCCAAACCUGGUGAAGUGGAGCAUGCUGUGAGAGAUGCAAUUGACCUUGGGUACAGGCAUAUUGAUGGUGCUAUAGCAUACAAAAAUGAGGAGGAAGUUGCUGAAGGGAUCAAGGCGAAGAUUCAAGACGGGACAGUGAAACGGGAAGACCUCUUCCUAACAACCAAGUGCUGGAACACAUAUCAUCGAAAAGAGAUGGUAGUUAAAGCUCUUAGAGACUCUCUCAAAAGAUGGGGAAUUGACUACAUUGACCUUUACUUGAUACAUUGGCCCAUGGGAUUCAAGGAAGGAGAUGAAUAUUUUCCAAAGGAUGAGAAUGGAAAGUUCCUCUAUUCUGAUUUUGACUAUUUGGAAACAUGGGAAGGGAUGGAAGAGUGUGUAGAUUUGGGCUUGGCCAAAUCCAUUGGAUUGUCCAAUUUUAACAGCCAACAGGUCGAUCGUGUCCUUGCUAAGGCUCGCAUCAAACCUGUUGUGAACCAGGUGGAGUGUACUCCUUGGUUGCCGCAAAAUAAGUUGCUUGCCUUCUGCAAGGAGAGAGGAAUUCAGAUGGUUGCCUAUAGCCCAUUGGGAUCACCUGACAGGCCAUGGGCUAAACCCGAAGAUCCAACUCUGAUAAAUGAUCCCAAGGUCAAGGAGAUCGCCAGCAAAUAUGGGAAGUCUCCAGCCCAAGUUCUCAUUCGUUUCCAAGUGUGUUCCUGCCUAUGGCUUCAAUUUGUUAUAGUUCAGAGAGGGAUUGCAACAAUCCCCAAAUCAGUCACUCGAGAAUACAUUCAGGAGAACAUGGAGGUUUUUGACUUCGAACUGUCUGCAGAUGACAUGACCAUUCUUGAUGGCUUUGACCAGGGAGGGAAGGGGCGUAUUUGUCAUGUCAGUUGGUAUUCUGAUCAUCCCUACUUUCCAUUCCACAUUGAAUUCUAAGGUGCUACUCCAUUUUAUAAAGUCUGCAAGUGUUGCUGAGGAAUGGAAUCUUCUAUCUUUUGGAGGGUAUGAUGUUUCACCUGCAAUAAAACCUGAAGUGGUUAGAGAAAAA